AUGGGCCGGUUGGUUGAUGAGAUCCAGAGACUUCGCGAUUCCGUCAACUUCUGCUCAGACAAGGUGAGCGACUUCGAGAUUAAGCUCAAUGGUUUCAGCGAGAUGGUUGCCAAAGUUAACAAGUUAGAGAAGGAGAAUGAAUCUUUAAAGAAACAGGUAUCUGUUCUUAAUAGAAGAAUAGGUGUAAUUGAACAACAAAGUCGUUCGAAUAACUUAGAAAUUCAAAAUAUUCCUGAAAAAACUAAAGAAAAUCUUCAUGAUGUUAUACUUAAAGUUGCUUCUCAUAUUAAUACCGACCUCAAUAUGUCAAUGAUCGAAUCUAUUUCGAGAGUUCAAUCUAAACUUACGAACAAGCCUAAAAAUAUUGUUGUCAGAUUUGUCUCUAAGUCGAAUCGUGAUAACUUUUUGGCUGCAUACAAGGCCAAAAAGCAAAGUGAUGGCGGGCAUUCAGGAAUCUCCGUUAAGGAUAUCGCUGAUAAGAUUUAUAUAAAUGAACACCUGACCAUGGAAAAUAAAAUAUUGUUCAAAGAAGUACGUUCUGCUGCGAAAGAGAGGUCCUAUAAGUAUGUAUGGGUUCAGAAUGGUAAUAUCAUGUUACGAAAGGAUGAUACAUCAAGGAUAAUCCACGUUCAUCACGACUUUGAUUUGUCCAGGCUUUAG